AUGGACGUCGAUACUUCAGACAUCGAUGCUCAGAUAGCAGCUUUGCAAAAAGCGAGAGACGACAAAUUGGCACAAGCGGCCAAGGCGCGUAGGGCGAUAGAGAAAGAAGAAGCAAAAGUACUGGUAGGAUCGACACCUACCAAGGCGUCUCUGAAGGCUUCGAUGAGAAAUGACCCAACAGCACUUCCAUCUCGACCUGCACAACCUAAAUUCACCUCGUCGACAUCGUCUUCGUCCUCAUCCUCAUUAAGACUGCUCUCGGUGUCAAAGCCAACACAGAAACCUGCUCUUCAGGAACUCCCUUCGUUACCUACUUCCGGGCCAUCCAGUAUGGGCUCAUCUCUAGCUGCUCUGCGUCGAUCAUCAUCGAAUUCUCGUUCUCCACAACCUAUCAUCGCUCGUUCAAAUGGGUUUACGGAACGUAUAAAACCUUCUCCUUCUUCAUCAAAGACAAUCACGGAAUCAUCGAAAAAUCCAAGACCUUCAACUGACAAACCCUCGAUACAGAAAGGAAAAGGUAGGGACAAGAGUGAUUCACCUGGAUUAGAAGUCGAAGAUAAGAAAGAUCAGAUUCAACGAGAUGAAGAUAGUUUAACUAUUAUCGAAAAGUUAGAAUUAGGUCCAAAGGAAUUCGGCCUAGACACCGAGGGUGAGGAAGAAUGGAGAAAUGUUGAACCUAACUCAGGCAUUAGACUAUCGAAACGUGUGCUUUCGCAUGAACAUUUACAAGAUCAUCUAUCUGGUAGAUACUACCUUACACCUUCACAGUUAUAUUCAGUCAUUAGGUUAUCUAAAGAUGGAGCUACCUACGAUAUUCCAGUCGAAGGAGAUUGGAUAACGAUAGCUGUUGUUGCUCAAAGAGGAGAAGUGAAAAUAAGUGGGACGAAAGAUGCCUCAUAUAGCGACGACGACGAUGAUGAUGAUGGACAAGAAGAAGAACAUACGAAACAAUCAUUGGCUGAGGCUCUGAAAGUUGAUUCGGAUCAGAUACACGAGCAGGAGCAAGGUGUAUAUAAACCUCGUCAACCCUGGAAAAAUCAAGGAAAAGGAAAAGGAAAAGGCAAAGGGAAAUUUAACGAUCGGAAAAGAAUUCCAAGAAAAUAUAUCAAUCUGACACUUUGCGCAUUACCUUCUCGACAUAGAACAUUAGGUAAAACCGAAACUACAGGAGAUGCUCUGUUACAAUUGAUGCUAUUCGAAGCUGAUGCUGUUGUAAGAGAAGAGAAUGGUCAAGACGGAGAAGUCACCAGAUCCUACAGAGGUGGUUCAGGUGGUGCCUAUGAGAAAUGGUGUAAUUUGACCGAAGGAAAUGUUAUCGCUAUCUUGAACCCCAGAGUGUGGCGUAAUCUGAGAGGUGGAAGUAAUGGACCACAUCCUCUCGAAUUUCCCUUGGGUCUCAAUCCAUUUUCGGCAGAUUCGAUCAUGUUGAUUGGACAAGCGAAAGAUUUGGGAAAAUGUAAUGCUAUCCAGAAAGAUGGAAAUCGAUGCAAGACAUGGGUUGAUCUACGGCAGAACUCAGUUUGCGAAUAUCAUGUUCAUGCUGCUAUUCAGAGAGGUAAAUCCGCUCGAGCGGAGUUCACGGCUAGCACAUCUUCAUUCGCGUUAUCUACGCGUUCAUUGAACGGCUCUCAGAACGGUCCCAAAGGUAAAUUAGGAUUUGAUCCUAAACGUCAAACAGGACUGCUACCAGCAGCGGGUCGACAAGCUGCUCCUAAAGGAGCCGAAAAUGGAGGAGGAGGUGCUACGUAUGUCGUAGGAGGAGGGGUGGUCAAUACUGGAUCAGUAUCAAGAGGUGGUCUGAAAGGAUUUGGACAAGAGUACCUUUCAGAGAAAUUAGGUAGAUCAAGAGCUGAAAAAAGGAAAAGACAACUGGAAGAUAAAGAAGCUGAAAAAGCUUUGGAAAGAUUACUUGAACGUGAAGGUCAAUCGGGAUCUACAGGUGCGAAAUACUUGUCUGUUAUUGAGCAAGAAAGAGAAAAGAGUGAUAAGAAGAAGAUCUCGAUUUCCAAGAAUGGAAAGAGCGAGAAGAACAGGGAUAAUGUUGGUAUAGAUGAAAUGGAAAGAAAGAGACCUUUUGGCGCGGAAGCUAUAAAACGUAUUGGAUUUGAUCCAACGUCAAGAGCUGGUAAUAGGGAUAGUGAAGAUGUUCAACGAAGACUAGAAGCAAUUGCCUCGUUGAAAGGGGAAGAACCUGGAUGCAGAUUAGAAAGAUUGUCAAAGCGCUUAGACGACGAUAGGAAAGCGAAAAGACUCAAAGCAGAAACAGCCAAAAUUGCGUCUAAAGCAAUUCCGCCCGACAAUGAAAAAGGCCAAGAAUUGUUAGAACAGGAGGAAGAAGGCAUGAUUGAUCUUGAUUCAUCUUGA